AGCCACCAGGCGGGCCAGGAGGCCGCCUCUAUGGUAGUGCGCUGUCCAGCAUUUCAGCAAUCGGCAGCGGCGCUUGCGGAAAGACGGGGGCGCGGGGCCGUGGGGAGGCCACAGAACAGCCUUGCCGAGCAGAAGACCCGGGACAAACGGGACCUUGAGACCCGGCUCCAGCAUCCAGAAGACUGCAGAGGUCAGGGGGGAGGACCUGUGUCAUGUCCUCCACCGUGAACAACGGGGCUACCGGCAUGCCAGCUCCACCGGAUGCUGCUAAUGGCUUCCCGCAGCCCGGCGCCUCGUCCGGGUCUUGGCCGCGCGCGGAGGAGGAGCUGCGCGCCGCCGAGCCCGGCUUGGUGAAGCGCGCGCACCGGGAGAUCCUGGACCACGAACGCAAGCGGCGCGUGGAGCUCAAGUGCAUGGAGUUGCAGGAGAUGAUGGAGGAGCAGGGGUACUCAGAGGAGGAGAUCCGGCAGAAGGUCGGGACCUUCCGGCAGAUGCUGAUGGAGAAGGAAGGCGUACUGACCCGGGAGGACCGGCCUGGGGCCCACAUCGUGGCAGAGACCCCGCGACGAAUGGAGGGCUUGGAGCCGGGCCUGGAGUACCCACCCUUCGAUGAGGACGACGGCCCGGUGGAUUGCGACUGCCCGGUCUCCUGCUACCGCGGGCACCGGGGGUACAGGACCAAGCACUGGUCCAGCAGCUCUGCAUCGCCCCCUCCCAAGAAGAAGAAGAAAAAGAAAGGCAGUCAUCGGAGGAGCCGCAAAAAGAGGAGACUAGAGUCAGAAUGCAGCUGUGGGAGUGCUUCCCCCCUGCGCAAGAAGAAGAAGAAUGUGAAGAAACACCGUCGAGAUCGGUCUGAUUCUGGGUCCCGGAGGAAGAGACGAUACAGAUCGAGAAGCCUCAAGAGCAAACGAAAAGAAAAAAACAAAGAGCGAAAGAGGCCUCACACUGAGUCUCCAGGCCGAAGGUUCCACCACCACAGCAGCGCCAGCUCCCACAGCCCCUCAAUGUCCUCACACUACAGUGAUUCUGGAUCACCCAGCAGACUGAGCCCCAAGCAUCGAGAUGACGGGCGGAAGACAGGCAGCCAGCGAUCCAGCGGGAGCCGGUCGCCAUCCCCAUCGGGCGGCAGCGGAUGGGGGUCGCCCCAGCAGAACGGAGGCAGCAGGCAGCGAAGCGGAGCGCACGGGGGUCGCCCCGGCUCGGCGCACAGCCCGCCCGAUCCUCCCAUUUGAAACGUGUUGAUUGUUUUUCUCUUUCCUCUCUUUCUUUCUUUAACUAACUUUUCACUUACCCCCUUCUCCAAACUGAGCCACCUGAACUGUCCCCCCUGGUCUGUGGUUUGGUUCCCUUCACUCCCCAUCCCUAGCCCUGAUGACUUUGCGGGCUCAUCCUCUCCUCCUUCCCAUUUUUGCUGUCUCUGCUUCUUCCUCUCCACCUCUUGAUCCUCUCCCCAAGCCUCCCUUCGCUCUCCCUCAUUCUCAUUGUUGGCUGAAUGUACUUGUAUGUGGUCUAACAUUCAGUCUUCAUGUCUAUUCUUGUUCUGUGUGCUUGCAGUGGGGCUGCUUUGGUUGCUACUGUCCGGGGUGGUUGCAGAACCCCUAACCUUCACCCUUGCCAGCUUCUAGCUAGGAGCUUUGGUCUCACAUGCUCCAGUCCUCCAGGGCCCACCUAGACAGUAAGCAGUAGAAGAGUGGGAUGUAAGAACCUUGAGGGUCAAGUUCAAAGUUAAGUCCUGUUGCACCCUUUGGGACUGACUAUACCAGGCUGAAUGAACUCUAGACUUAGACCAAGUCCUUUUUAUGGUAGCACAGUAGAUCUCAGAGGUACAAGCUUCAGGGUUCUAAGAUACUAGCAGGCAUUAGUACCACAGAGAGCCAUAGCUCUGUAACUUACAUAUGAUGACAGAGUCACUUCAGAGGGUCUGGAGUGGGCCAGGGACAGGCACUAGACCUUAAGAACCUACUUGGCCAAGACGCUGGGGUGAUUUUCAGAAUGGUAUAAAAUCUUAGCUUAACCCCAGAACAGGGGCUUCUCCAAGUCCCCAGUGUCCUUUCUUCUGCUGAAUUUCUGAAAUUGAGAAUUCAGUGGUAUGCCUUGUGGCAGAAUGAUCCAGAAGAAGCCAUCGCUAAUAGUCAGAGUGACUCACGGCAGAAAGAGCACUUAUAUCACAUGAAACUCGUGGUGGCCACUCCAGCGCUCAACUAGCUGUGUAGAAAAUGGCAGUCAGAAAUGGGUCCUUAGGUUGCCACCAUCUCCUCCUUCUCCCAUCAGCUUCCUGUCCUGCCUGAAAAUAACCACAGAAUUUUGAGCUCCCGGGAGCCACUGUGAGGUCUUGCUAACUCUCCAUCUUCAGCUUUGGAAAAGGAAGGGUUAGCUACUUCUCCCGUGUUUAUUCCAGGACGGGUCAGGCCAGCUCACUUCUCAGAACACUCUAGCUAUCUUGAAUGAUGCUUCCUGGGAGGGAGAUGACAUUGUUGCUCUUCCCAAGGGGGAUGAGGGCUGGGAGUCUGAAAGGGAGAGGUGCCUCAGCCUGAGGAGGACAUGGAGCCCCCCUUUCAAGACUUCCUGGUUUUCAACAUGGGGAGACAGUGGGAGAGAGGCAAGCAUGUGCAGUCCUGGGGUGCAAAGAGGACACAAAGGCAAGUCACUCCAGGUGUUUCCUUGCCUCUGUCUCCUGCCCCCUCUGCUUCCACUGUCUCCUUUCUCUGACCUUGUUUAUUGCCCUUGACCCUCAAAUUUUUCUUAUACAGGGGUGUGGGGGGUAAGAUGUCACUAGCAGAGCUAAGAGAGUAACUUAAUGUAUGAAGUGUUUGCUUUGCAAGCAAGAGGACCUGAGUUCAAGCCCCAGAACCCACAUUAGAAAGCCAAAGAUGGUGGCUUGUGCUUCUAAUCCUAGGUCUGGGAAGGCAAAGGCAAAAAGAUGCCUGGGGCAUGCUGGUCAGCCAGCCUGGCUUAAUUGACUAAUCCUGGGUCCUCAAAACAGCUCAGUGGGUAAAGGUGCUUGCCACAAAGCCCAGUGGCCUCAGUUCAAUUCCUGGAACUCACAAAGUAAAAAGAGUAAAACAGGCUCCUCAAGUUGUCCUCUGCACACACACACACACACACACACACACACACACACACACACACAUACACACAUACACACACAUACACACACACACAUACACACACAUACACACAUACACACAUACAUACAUACAUACACACAUACACACACAUAUACACACAUACACACACACAACUAAAUAAAUAAGUGUAAUUUACAAUGUAUAGCUGCUAAAAAUUAAAAUUUAAAAAGAACAGCACCCUGGAGAAAGACACCCAAGAUUGACAGCUGGCCUCCCCAUACACACACAUACAUAUACACCUGCACACACACAGGAACAUAUACACAAAAGAGAGAAGGAAGGAAGGAAAGAAGGAAGGAAGGGAGGGAGGGAGGGAGGGAGGGAGGGAGGGAGGGAGGAAGGAAGGAAGGAAGGGAGAAAGAAAAGAAGGAAGGAAAGGAUGGAGAGAGGGAGGUGCAGCCUCCAGCAGGGUCAUGGUGACCUUUUCUCAGCAGCUUCUGGAGGGAUGAGUGGGCUGCCCUUCCCCAGGGACUCCCUGACAGCACCUUCUUUCCAUCUUCUGCCAUCCUGGGCUGCAGGGGACCCUCUCCAUCCAACCCCAGGCCUUCACCCCUGCUCUGAUCCUUUCAGGCUGGGGGCCAGCAUCAAGAUUCUGCUCAUCCCCAUUUUAUCAGUGGGGAAGCAUGGCCACCUCCUAUGAGACUUAGCAUAAGUUCUCACAAUCAACUUAAUUCCCCUCAAGGGCUUCUCCUUGGGCUUGGGCAAGGUCAGUAGGCUCAAAAGGAAUCACAGGAAAGUGAUGAGGAGCUGUGACUUCAAGACCUAUGUAGGAAGGUAGGAAGCCACCUAUCUUGGCUUAGACCUCAAUGGCUGGGGACAAAAGCAUAUUAGGGGUAUUCCGCCACACAGUCCAGAUCCUUUCUGUUCCUAAUAUUCUACACCACCUCCAAGCCAAGGGAAGUCAAGAUAUAUCUGCAUGGCACUGGGGAUCAUUAGCUCAGCUGCCAGUGUUUGCCUAGGACGCAUGAAGCAUUGGGUUAUAAGCUCAACAUCUCAUAAAUCAGGCGUGAUGGCUCAUGGAGGUAGAGACAGGAAGAAUAGAAGUCCAAUGUCUGGCAAGAUGUGCCCAUCGAUGCAAUGGUGGUACAACUGUUAUGGGGGCAAAGCAACCACGUUUUUAGUUUAAAAAAACAAAACAAAACAAGACUUAAAAUGUUCAAGGUCAACUUUGGCUAUAUAGUGAGUCCUAACUGAGCUCCAUGGAACCUUGUUAAAAGUGAUGAGGAGGAAGCUAGGACUGUGGCUCACUGGUAGAACGACUUGCUUAGCAUCCGUGAAGCCCUGGGUUCAGACUGUAGUACUGACAGGGGGGAGAGGUGGGAGGGGCUUCCUGCUUGUCUUUGGCAGGGAACAUCAUGGGCUUGAUCUUCCUCCCUGACCCUGUUCUUUGCCUUGAGUCAGGUCUCUAGCUCUGAUUCUGAUCUGGUCCCAAUCCCAGUAUGCAAUCCUUCACCACUGGCCUUGCUGCCUCCCCUGACCAGAGUAGCCUUAAAGGAGGGGACCACGGUGACACGGGGCUGUGAGUUCCCAUGCAUUUGUUCCUAAGGCUCUCUUACCUGGUAUCUCUGUUUAGUUGACAAGCUGACCACCCUGGGCAUAGGAUGCAUUGGAAGAACCUAGAGACAUCAUUCUCAUUUGCCCCCUAGAAGGAAAUUCAUUGAGAGAACCCUGGUACAGACCAGGGACUGAAAGAUGUUAUUUGCCUGUUGGGGUCGGGGAGAAAGCUGAGGGUUUUUCUGGAGAUGACUUUUAAGAAUGAAAGUAUCCUUACAACAACCAGCCUCAAGCUGAGCACAGUCUAAUCUGGGCACAUAAUGCAGACACAGGAAUUUUCUGGAGUUCAAGGUUAUCUUUGGUUACAUGGAGAAUCAGAGGCCAGCCUUGGCUACAUGAGACCCUGUCUGAAAUUUUUUAAAUGGGGUCAGGGAUGUAGCUCAGUCAGUAGAGUUCUUGACUAGCAUGCAUGCAUGAAGCCCUGAGUUUGAGCCACACCACUGCAUAAAAAUA